CGGAGAACGACUGGCAUUGUAUCAUGUAGAACUAUUGCAGCAGGGAUGGCUGCAUUGUAUAGAUUGAAUGUGACAAUAGUCUUCUGCUGCUUGGCUUCCUUGACAGGCUCUCCAAUAUUCCAUCACUUCCAGUUAUUCUUGUUCCUCUACCCCCGGCUUUGCACUGGGGGAACAGAACCGACUCCGAUAAGACGGAGAUAAGAGGCCCCGCCGGAUUUCACGAAGAGCAUGAGUUCCUGGCACUUGAGCAAGCCCAUUGCAAAGAAGGCUGCCGAGAAAGUUCUCUAGGCAAGCCACUGUUUCUCUAAAGCUU